AUGCCACUUUCAAGCAGCUCCACGUCCUCUUCCAAGAGCAUCCGCAGAGCCGGCUCGGAAUUAGAACGCUCGGACUCCAUCACGGUAGGAUACGGCAAACUUUUUGCCACUUAUCCACCAAAAUAUGACUUUUUAAAAAGGGGGGAAAUAUUUCAAAAUAAUACUGCGUGUGCUGUUAUUGCACAAAAAACUGUUCAGUUUUUCCUUUUCCUUCAAUUGAAAAUUUCUGGUGCGUUUUACCAGUCUCAACGCUUCCCUGGAAGACGGCGGAGUUUGAUUGACGACGCGCGCAAGGAGCGCGAAGCCGCAGCCGCUGCGGCAGAAGCGGCGGAAGCCAGCGAGCAGAUCGUUUUCGAAGAAGACGACGGAAGAGCCCUCGUCAACCUUUUCUUCACUUUAGCCAGCAACAAGACGCAGUUGCUGUCCAGAACGCUUAAAGUCUUUGAGACAUUCGAAGCCAAAAUCCAUCAUUUGGAGACGCGGCCGAGCCGCAAGCAAAAGGACAACUUGCAGAAUUUGGAGUAUUUUGUGCGAUGCGAGGUGCAUCUUUCCGACGUCAGCACGCUCAUCAGUUCCAUUAAGAGGAAUGCAGAAGAUGUCAAGACGACCAAGGAAGUCAAAUUUCACUGGUUUCCCAAGAAAAUCUCCGACUUGGACAAAUGUCACCAUCUGAUCACCAAAUACGACCCGGACUUGGAUCCCGAACAUCCCGGCUUCACGGACCCCGUCUACAGAGAGAGGAGAAAAACCGUGGCCGACAUCGCCUUCGGAUACAGACACGGCGAUUCCAUUCCCAGAGUGGAAUACACAGAAGCGGAGAUUGCCACUUGGAGAGAAGUCUACUUGACACUGCGGGACUUGUACAGCAGCCAUGCCUGCAGCGAAUACCUGGAGUCCUUCCGUCUCCUGGAAAAGCAUUGCGGCUACAGUCCGGACAACAUCCCUCAGCUGGAAGACGUGUCCCGCUUCCUCAAAGAACGCACCGGUUUUAUGCUGCGUCCGGUGGCGGGUCUCCUCUCGGCGCGGGACUUCCUGGCCAGUUUGGCCUUCCGGGUCUUUCAGUGCACGCAGUACAUCCGCCACGGAUCGUCGCCCAUGCAUUCCCCGGAGCCCGACUGCAUCCACGAACUUUUAGGCCACGUUCCAAUGCUGGCCGACCGCACCUUUGCACAGUUUUCCCAGAGUCUUGGCUUGGCAUCACUGGGAGCUUCAGAAGAGGAUAUUGAGAAACUCUCCACACUCUACUGGUUCACCGUGGAGUACGGUUUAUGCAAACAAAAUGGCGAAGUGAGAGCCUACGGCGCCGGCCUGCUUUCUUCUUACGGAGAACUCCUGCACUCGCUCUCCGACGAACCCGAGACCAGGGAGUUUGACCCGGAAGCGGCGGCGGUGCAGCCCUACCAAGACCAGACCUACCAGCCCGUCUACUUUGUUUCCGAGAGUUUUGCCGACGCUAAGGAGAAAUUCAGGACGUUCAUGGCAGGGAUCCGCCGACCCUUCUCCGUCCACUUUGACCCGUACACGUGCAGCAUCGAGGUCCUGGACAACCCCUUGAAGAUUCAAGGAGGCCUGGAAAGACUCAAGGACGAGCUGAAGAUGCUGACCGACGCCCUCAACGUUUUGGCCUGA